UGGUUCACACACUUCUCUUUAUUUAUCCUCAAAACCUACCCCUCUCUCCCCGUUGUCCGAGAACUCGUCUGCGUAUCCUCUAGAUCUGUUCGUUUUCGAACAUCUGUAUUGCUUAAUCUGAGAUCUACCGUUCUCCGUACAGUUUUUUUGUCCGUAUGCUGUGUUAUUAUCAGAUCUGUAAUUCCUAUGGCGGAGACUCUCAAAGAAGAUUCGAUCAUGAUUCGAGAGGUCUGGAACGACAACCUCCUCGAGGAAUUCGCGCUGAUCCGCGAGAUCGUCGACAAGUACACCUUCAUCGCCAUGGACACCGAGUUCCCCGGCGUGGUCCUCAAGCCCGUGGAAACAUUCAAGUAUAACAACGAUCUCAACUACCGCACCCUCAAAGAAAACGUCGAUCUCCUCAAACUGAUCCAGCUCGGGCUAACCUUCUCCGACGAGGACGGCAACCUCCCCACUUGCGGCACCGACAAGUUCUGCGUCUGGCAGUUCAACUUCCGCGAGUUCAACAUAGGCGAAGACAUCUACGCGAGCGAGUCCAUCGAGCUGCUGCGCCAGUGCGGGAUCGAUUUCAAGAAGAACGUCGAGAGAGGCAUCGACGUGGCUCGGUUCGGGGAGCUGAUGAUGUCGUCGGGGGUCGUGCUGAACGAUUCGAUCUCGUGGGUUACUUUCCAUGGAGGUUAUGACUUUGGUUAUUUGGUGAAGCUUCUGACUUGCAAGGAGCUGCCUCUCAAGCAGGCGGAUUUCUUCAAGAUGUUGUUUGUUUACUUCCCCACGGUUUACGAUAUUAAGUACUUGAUGACGUUCUGUAACGGGCUGUUUGGAGGGUUGAACAGGCUCGCGGAGCUUAUGGGUGUGGAGAGAGUUGGGAUUUGUCAUCAGGCUGGGUCGGAUAGCUUGCUCACGUUAGGCUCGUUUAGGAAGCUCAAGGAGCGUUAUUUCCCUGGGUCGACUGAGAAGUACACUGGAGUCUUGUAUGGUCUAGGUGUGGAAGAUUCUGCUACUAGUACUACUAGUACUGUUGCUAAUUAAGUUUCGAGGGGAUUUGCAUUAGGUUUUUUAGUCUUUGCGAGUGUGAGACCAAUUAGACUUUGUGUUUGUGUAAAUUGGUUUUAGUAAGUGAUUGUUGUGUCUUUGUUAUUUUCUUUUUUCUUUUCAGGAAAGAAAAAACCUCUUUGAUCAAAUGAGGAGGGGUUGUUGUUAAUGUUUAGCUUUGAGUUUCUGAAUGUAUAUCAUUUCAGCUACCCCGUUUCAUUAAUAAAUAAUCUCCAAAUUA